UUUUUAAUUUGUCUCCAAAGUGAUUAACUUUUCAACUUAUGUAUAAUUCAAACUUACAAAAUUCGUGAAAUUUUACUACAUACAUUGACUUACACUUACGUAGCCACGGCAAACUGGUUGUCUGUCAUCGCCUAAGGAAAUUGGAAAGUUUAUGCGGACCCUUUAAGAAUGUAUACUUAUAUGUGUGCAUACAUCGUUAAUAUAGUUUAUUUAUUGAAAAAUGCUUAUAAAUAUAAGGCAUAUCUGUCAUAAAUAUCAUAACAUGUACAUUAAUAUUAUCAUCUGUGAUUGAUGCACCUAUAGCAGUAAUAGUUUUUAAAAUGCGUGAAUAUAAUUCCGUCAAUGGUACAUGUUAAAAAAAAAAUCAAAAUUUACGCCUACAAAAUUGACAUCAUAAGGUACUACAAAAUAUAUAUAUUUGUGAUUUAAUUGUAACAAAAACGCUAAAUCGUGUGAAUUAAAAAUUACACUGUCAUCAUGGAAGUGAUUUCAACGCGUAAAUAUGAGGCGGUGAAGCCAACAACCAACAUCGUCACGCAUACUAAUGACAUGAUUGAUCCAGACAACUCAAUUGCAACAGUGAUAAAGGAGGAAUGGGAAACACGUAAGAAAAAAGAAAUAACGACAACACGUCAGAUUGAGACAAGAGUAAAACGUCAGGUAGUUUUGGAGGACGGCGAGGUCAUCAAGGAUUCCGGACCACUUGUUACUACCAAUACCACCGAAGACGUCGAACAACAAGAGCACACAACUCAGGAAAAACGAACAAAUGGUGGUGGUGAUGAUGAUCAACUAAACAUAGAAUGGAAACAGAAAAAUGGAGAACAAUUUGUACAAAAAGAAUUAAAUGAAACUGUCGUAAAAAGUAGAGAAGAAGUUGAAGAGUUUCUAGAGACUGAAGAUCGACGACAAUUUGGUGAUAUAACUGACGAAGCAUAUCAACAAGCAAUACAAAAUCAACAUCAAAAAGACUUAAGGCUUGCAUUAGCCGAAUCCUUAGGCAAAUCUUCACAAAUUUCUGAGAUCGGACCUCGAAUAAUACAGCACACUACAAAAUCAAAUAAAAUCAUCGAUACUGAAAAAAGACUUGAACGUAAAGGAUUAAAACCAAAUGGUACGAUUGUAACAGAAACACAAACAAGUGUAACUCAUGAAGAGAUUUCAGACAUUCCUGAUUACUCAGGAUCGAGCAAUAAUAAUAAUAAUAAUAGUAAUAAAAAUAAUAAUAACAAUAAUAAUGAUUACUAUGAAGAUAAACCUGCCGAAAUAUUAAAAGAAAGUUCGAAAAAAUUUCUUAAGAAACGAGAAGAGGAUAUAGUAGAUUACGUUUUAAAUGGUGAACGAAUUGCUCGUCAAAAAUAUUACAUCUCUGAGACUACAGAAGGAGAUCAAACAGGUGAUUGGCCAUCAUCGAAUAAUCAAACAGUUCGAUUACCAAAAUCAACAGGAGAAAAUAAUGCUACAAACAGGAAAGAUGCUUUGACCAAAAAGCCUUUAGAUCUUGAAGAAGAAGACGAGGCAAGGAAAUUUGAAACAUCCAAGUGGCUAGAAAAUCAUUUUGGUAGUGAAUCACGAUCUUCACAUGGUUCUAUUACUUUUGAUCACGACGAUGAUUCUAAAAAAACAAGUAAUAACAAACAAAUUGCUGCUAAUACAAGUUUUAUAAAUGUCACAAUGAAAUCAUGUACUCCGAAAGAUCGGAAAUAUAAGAGUUAUAAUAUUCCUAAUCAUCACGAUCAUCAAAAUCAACAGCAAGAUAAAACGUAUCAAGAAAAUAAUUAUCAACAGCAGCAAGAACAAGAAUUGCUAAAGCAACAACAUAAUAGUCAUCAUCAUAAUUUACAUCAACAACAAACAUCUUAUCAUUAUCAAUAUCACAAAAACCAAACACCAACAGGAAAUUCAAGUUCGAGCAAAUUUUCUGAUGGAGGAUAUUUUCAGGGAAUUAGUGAUUGGUCAGAAAGAUAUCGAGGAACACUUGAUAAACAAAAUAAUAAUAAUUGUCCAUUAGAAAAACAUGAAAAUAACGGAUAUUCCAGACAAAAUAACUCAUUUGAAAAAUGUGUGGAAGAUCAAAAAAAUUUUAAGGAUACAAAACAUAUAAAAUCUUUUGAAAUUUCUACAAUUGGCCGUCGUCAUGAAUAUAAGCAAAAUUCAAGCUCACCACCUCCACCUCCUAUUCGUCGUACCAAGUCACGUCAGGCAUCUAAUCGAGAAGAUAAAAAUACAUUUACAUCCAGUAGUCCAGUUCAAAUAAUUCAAAGAACUUGGGAAAACCGAAAUCAUGAUAUUCAAGAACAUGAAAGAAUUGAAAGUAAUAUAUCAUCCCCUGAUAAUCAUCAGAAAUAUUCAUCAACAAAAUUUCGUACAGUUUCACCACCACCAUUAAUAAAAAUUUCCCUAACACCAACUAUAAAGCGUGAGAAAAAGAACUACCAUGAAAAAACUGAUAAAAGUUCACGACCUGUACGAAAUUGUUCAAAUAAAUCAAAAAUCAGUGAGUCAUUUAAAAAAUUUGUCGACAAAAUACGGUCAGCAUCUACAGAAAGAAAAAAUAAUAAAAAAAGUGGCGCUAGUUCUACAUCUCAACUGACCCAAACUGAUGAUAAUAAUUCAACUUCGUAUCUUCAAUAUAAUGUUAUUGAUAAAAACAUCCCAGAAAUACAAAGAGAUGAAUUAAAUAAUACUAAACAACCCGAAAGACCUCCAAGAUCUCCAAAAAACUCGUCAAAUACGAUUAUGUCAAAUAGUAAUCCAGUUACCAAAACAAUUAAAGUUACAAGAUUAAAUGGACAUGUUGCUAAUUAUGAUCAAUAUGGCCGUAACAAUUCAAUAACACCUGUACAUAGAUAUUAUAUUGAAGAAUCAGUUUCGGGAAAAAAUUUACAUAAUCGUUCAAUAAUUAAUAAUUAUGGAACAAAUAGAAAGCAUGGAAAAAUUAGGAAACCGGAACGAGAUGUUAUUGAUUAUAAUAACGUUGAAUCAGCUUCACUGGGACGACUUAGUAAGUCUACAAGUCGAUUAACAAAUCAUUACGAUCAACAAGAAGAUUAUUAUCAUCAAAAUCAUCGUCAACUUCAUCAACAGUUUACCAGUACCCAAACAUUACCUCGAAAACUCCAUUUAUCAACUAAUCAUUUACCUAAAUCACAAUCGCAGUCUACUUUAAACCGAAAUAAUCGUCUGCCAACUUCAAUUAUUACUCAUCCUAAUAAGCAUCAUGAAAUUCCUUUAAUUUCUACGUUAAAGCCUAAUCAAUCAUCGCGUCAUUAUGGUAGUAUGAUCAAUAUUUCAAUUAAAAAUGCUUUAAGCCCUUCCAUGCCAAUCCAAGAUUCUGUUGUAGAAGUAGCACCUACAAAACCUGAACGCACCUAUAAAUCAUCAUUAUUAAGGAGUAAAAGCUUCAAUGUACUUGAAGCUAGUAAUCAAAUGAAUGGAACUAGAAAUUAUUAUUCUCAUAAAAUACCUCAUAAGUCUAGUACCCAGCUUAACCGUCUUGUUGAUGAAAGUCCACCAUUAAAAAGUCCUAGUAUUCUUGCUAGCAUUAAUCGUAGCAAUAGAGAUUUGUUUAGAGAAGAUUACUAAUUAAAACAUAAAUAUUAAUAAAUAAUUUAAUAAUUUUCAUUAACUAACGAAUAAUAGAAAAAAAAAAUAAUUUAUUAGUAAUGCACAAUUUUUCAGACUUAAAAAAAAACAAAAAAAAACUUAGAAAUUCGCAAUUGCUCAAAUCGAUUGAAUUAUAUCAAGUAACAUUAUGAUACUAUAUUUUAUCGAUGUCUAAAAUGAAAUAUAUAUAUAAGUUUUUAUUAAAAUAUUAUUUUUUAACAAACUACAGAUAAUUUUAUAACUAAAAUGUAUAACUUACAUAAAAUGUUAUUCAAUUUUAUUAAAAAAUUUUGUCUAGUUA